ACAACUGUUGUCUAUUAGGUACAGUCUAGUUACUACAUUUAAUAUAUUUUAUACUUACUUAAUUGUAGAAGUUACUUCGUACUUGACAUUUUGUUCCAUAAGUGUGGAUUUCAGUACUAACUACAAAUUAAUAGUUUUUGAUAUAACCGUAUUUGAAAUUUAUAAAAUUGGGUUCAGAAAUUGUAAGUCACCGACUGGCUCUCGACAAAAAUCACAAGGAAAUACUGUUCUAAUGGAGGUCGAUCCGGGCGAAGUCCAACGACAGUUGGAAGCAUUAGGUUAUGAAAACAUUGAACCGUAUUUACUACAACAUUUUAUAAAAGAUCUGAAGAAAUUAAUUAAGUAUGAAAAAAAACACGAGGACAAAGAAAACACAUCAACGGUCAAGACAAGUACAACCAAUAAUAAAUGUAUAGAUGCAAAACAGAAACUACCCGUUCCAGAAACAAGUUGUAAAAACUGGUGUUGUAUAAACAAAAAUAAAAAUGUAUUCGAACGAUUGUCUUGUUCAAAAUCAGUUUCGUCUGUAGGAGUUCAAACGGAAGAAAAUUAUUCAAAAUAUUCAGUCAUCUUAAGAAAAAGACCAAGGGGUCCUGUAGCACUUCACCAGUUUUACCAGUUGGAGUGGCGCAACCAUAAAGCACCGGGUGAAAAAAAACACGAUCGGCUUAGGUGGACAAUCAGACAAAAUAUGAUGUUACGUAAAUAACCCAGCUAAGUUAUUAUUGUUUAGAUAAUAAUAAUUUAAAACUAAACUAUAUUUUUGUUUAUAGAAAAUGUUUUUUUUAUAUAUACACAAUACUUAAACGAUCGAUUGUUUUAAUUUUAAAAAUAAAAAAUAUACAACAAAUGUUAUCUAGAUAUGUAUACGAGGUAUUCAAAUUA